CCUUCACUCAUAAAAAUUGCAUCCCUCAACUCUUAAGCAUUUAUAUUCUUCAUUUAUUUUCUUGUAAUUUCCCUCUCUACGUUUUCAAAAACACAUACUCAAGAAUCUCUCUUGUACUGAUACUGUAAAAUGGCUACUUUCGGGGCUGCUGCUACUGCUAAUGCAAACCCUAACAAAUCUUUUGAGGUGGCUCAACCUCCUGCCGAUUCAGUUUCGAGUCUCUGUUUCAGUCCUAAGGCCAAUUUCUUGGUUGCUACUUCUUGGGAUAAUCAGGUAAGAUGCUGGGAAAUUACAAGGAGUGGAACCACAGUAGGGAGUGUGCCCAAGACACAAAUAAAUCAUGAUCAACCGGCUUUAUGCUCCACCUGGAAGGAUGACGGAACAACUGUAUUCUCUGGAGGCUGUGACAAACUAGUGAAAAUGUGGCCUUUGCUAUCUGGUGGUCAACCAGUAACUGUUGCCAUGCAUGAUGCACCAAUUAAAGAAGUUGCAUGGAUUCCAGAGAUGAACCUGUUGGCCACGGGAAGUUGGGACAAGACCUUGAAGUACUGGGACACAAGGCAGCCUAAUCCGGUGCAUACCCAACAACUUCCUGAUCGCUGUUAUACAAUGACAGUGCGGUAUCCUCUGAUGGUGGUUGGCACUGCAGAUAGAAAUAUAAUUGUCUUUAACUUGCAACAACCUCAGAAUGAAUACAAGAGAAUCAUUUCUCCCUUGAAGUAUCAGACGAGAUGUGUUGCGGCCUUUCCGGAUCAGCAAGGCUUCUUGGUUGGUUCAAUUGAAGGGAGGGUUGGCGUGCAUCAUCUAGACGAUGCACAACAAAGUAAGAACUUCACUUUUAAAUGCCAUAGAGAUGGCAAUGAGAUAUACUCAGUGAACUCCUUGAAUUUCCAUCCGGUACAUCACACGUUUGCAACUUCAGGAUCUGAUGGUGCUUUUAAUUUCUGGGACAAGGAUAGCAAACAAAGACUCAAGGCUAUGGCACGGUGUCCUCUCCCUAUAUCCUCCGGUGCUUUUAACAACGACGGCUCAUUAUUUGCAUAUUCGGUGUGUUACGACUGGAGUAAGGGUGCCGAAAAUCACAACCCACAAACUGCUAAGACCCACAUUUAUCUGCAUGUGCCACAGGAAUCCGAAGUUAAAGGCAAGCCACGAGUUGGAGCAAGCAAGCGGUAGAAAGUAGAGCUGCAAGAAGUCUUCAGAGGAAACGUCAUAUCACCAGUUUUACCAAAAACACGGAGCGUCAUGGAUGACAUGUUUUCACCUGUCAAUACAUGUUAAUGAGUUAUUUGGUUCCUUGAAAUUGUCAAUUUGAGAGUAGCUAGAUCAUAUGGAUAUAAUGCAUAAAUUUUAUGCCUGGUUUCGGCUCUUGUUCAUCCGUGCGCGCAAUGAUGCUGUAGUGCAGCGUUAAUAUCUGUUUGACAUGUACAGCGAGUUUCUCAAAGUAGUUGGCAGUUAGGUUAUGAUCCAUCACCGACGAGAAGAUUUUGUUAAAUUUGUAUUGGUUCUGUUCAGCAAGAUGAAAAAUCCAUGUUAUGAUCAACUUAAUGUAUUUUUUAUUGUUUUCUAUUAUCAAACAUGUAAAAUUGCUAAUCUAA